AUGUCCGCCCCCGCAGGCCACGACGGCUCGCCCAACGGCGUCGAGCUCGAAACGCACCCCACCGCGCAGAAACUCGCGCAGAGAUCCCUCGAAUUCCUGAAAGAAGUCCAGAACUUUACCCCCGGCAAAGACCUCGAAAUCCGCCUGAAUAGAGACUACGGCCCCGGCAACGAGUACUACGAAGACUUCUGCACGCUCAUCAAGCAAGGCCUCGAAGAAGGCUGGGUAGCGACGGGUGAACUCGAUGGGCCGAAAUAUCGUCGUGGGAAGAUAAUGCUCCCCUCCCCCAGCAACCUCUGGAUGUCCCUCACCGCGGUCUACUUCGACAGCCAAGAGCCCUACAGCGGGCAAUACCACAAACACCCGUACGGCGAAAUCAACUGCGUCGUGCCCGUCGACCCGACGUUCCAGCUGGAGGGGUUGCCGGAGGGGCAGAACUGGAGGGGUGCGGGUUGGACGAGUCCCGGGCCUGGCACGCAUCAUUAUCCUCGCAGUCGCGGGGGGAGGGGUGUGGCGUUUUUCUUUUUGCCGAGUGGGAGGAUUGCGUAUGAUGCUAAGCCGGGGGAGCCGCAGCCGCUUAUGAUUUGA